AUGGACGAGGUCAGUGACCUCGUUGCGCGAAGCCAUGGAUCGACGUCGAACGAAACUUAUGUAUACGAAUACUCGCGAGGACUAGGCGGAGUCAAUGUUCCUCGAGAUGUUUUGUUCACGCGUAUUAUCUUUACAUCGGUAUUGGUGGUAGGCGUCGUACUUUUCUGCGGUCGAGUCGCUCAAAUCAGUCAUUCCUAUCUUCGUCACAUCAGCUCCCUGUCGGCAACUGCAAGGCAACAAGCUUUCUGGAGUAUUGAAGAAUCGCGUUUAUGGUCGAACAUGAAGAAAUAUGUUCUCUAUUCGCCAUUGGGCAAUAAGAGACACAAUCGAGAGCUGCAGCUGUCGUCCGCUAUCAAUGUGGGCACUCUGCCAACCCGGUUCCAGACCGUUCUCAUCGUCUUGUACCUGAUCAGCCAGAUUGCCUACUGCACCAUCCUGGACUACGCCGUGAAUGAGAAGGCAGCUCUAGUGGCUGAACUUCGUGGACGAUCGGGGACGCUCGCUGUCCUGAACAUGGUUCCUCUGUUCAUCCUGGCUGGCCGCAACAAUCCAUUGAUUCCCGUUUUGCAUAUCAGUUUUGACACCUAUAACCUCCUUCACCGUUGGUUGGGCCGAAUGGUCGCGAUCGAGAGUAUUGUCCACACCAUCGCCUGGGGCGUGAACGCAACGGCUGAGACCAGCAUCUCAGAUAUGGCCCAUCGUCUGGUUAACGAGCCUUUCUUCGCCUGGGGCUUGGUUGGAACCGUCGCCAUGGCUUUUCUGGCCACGCACUCGCCGUCUUCCCUUCGACACGCUUUUUACGAGACCUUCCUGCAUCUCCAUCAGCUUGCCGCUUUUCUGGCCUUCCUCGGUGUCUACGUGCACAUCGAUCUGGACAAGCUACCGCAGAAACCCUGGAUGCUCGCAAUUGGUUCUCUUUGGCUGAUUGAGCGAUGCGCUCGGAUUGCACGACUGCUGUAUCUCAAUUGCUCUUGGAAGAAAGGAUGCACCAAACUCGUCGUUGAGGCUCUUCCCGGCGAGGCCUGCAAAGUGACUUUCCAUCUUCCCAAACGCGUACACAUUAACCCUGGUGGUCAUGUGUAUGCAUACAUCCCAAGCAUCUCCAAGUGGAUGUCUCACCCGUUCUCGAUCGCCUGGGUUGAGCCGGUUAGCUGCGUGACCACGUCCGGACUCGUGGACUCGCCCUUCAAGUCUCCGUCCAGCGGUUCCAUGAGCCCCUCGCUUCUGGAGAAGCAACCGAUGGUCGACCUUGACCAAUACAUGCAGGAUAGCAAGCAGCCCACCUCCGUGUCCCUUAUCGUGGGUGCUCAGAAGGGAAUGACGCGGUCUCUGUACAACAGGGCUCUUGCUGCGCCCAACCAGGUACUUCACACCACAGGCUUUAUCGAGGGACCGUAUGCAUCGCACGCAUGUAAUAUGGGCAGCUACGGUACCGCCGUGCUCUUUUCUGGCGGUGCAGGCAUCACGCAUCACAUGCUACAUGUUCGAGACCUGAUCAUCCGUGCUUCCGAAGGCCGCGUCGCCACGCAGCAGAUCUACCUGAUCUGGUCUGUCCGCUGUACCGAUCACCUUGCGUGGGUACGGGAGUGGAUGGACCAGAUCCUACGGCUCCCCGGCCGUCGUGAGAUGCUCACCAUCAAACUGUUCGUUUCGAAACCUAAGAGCAGCCGUGAUAUCGUCUCUCCCAGUGCCACGGUUCAGAUGUUCCCGGGUAGAUGUCGACCACAAGUUGUUCUAGACGAAGUCCUUCCCAACCGUGUGGGUGCCACCGUGGUCUCGGUCUGUGGGCCUGGUGCCUUUGCAGAUGAGGUCCGUGCCGCCGCUCGCGAGAGUAUCGGUAAAGGUGCUGUGGUUGACUUUGCUGAAGAAGCUUUCACCUGGUGA